AUGAACCCGAGUCCCAACGAGGGCCCGGCUGGUCCCAGCACGGGAGGCUCCGGCAGUUUUGACCCAUCCAUCCCCACCUCCGGGCCCUCGACCGCCGCCGCGGCAAAGCGCUCCCGCAUCCUCCUAUCUUGCGGGCCCUGUCGCGCCUCCAAGCUGAAAUGCGACCGCUCCGAGCCGUGCGGCCAGUGCCUGAAGAAGUCCCGACCGGAGGGUUGCGUCUACGCGCCCAAGCCCGAAAAGGCGAAGCCGGUCAAGGGCAUGGCGGCGCGGCUCAAGCGGCUCGAGGGCAUGGUGCGGACGAUGAUGGACGAAGGCGCCGUCGCCGCCGCAGAACCGCAGGACUCCUCCGUCGGGAUCGCAGACGUCGGCGUCGCUCAGCCUGGGGGCCAGUUCGUGCAAGGAGAGAGGGCGAGCACGUACGUCGGUGCGACGCAUUUUAUGGCUGUUCUUGAGGAUAUCGAAGACAUGAAGAGCUACUUUGAAGAGCCCGAAUUCGUUGAGGACGAGAGCUCCGAGCCGUCCGACGAGCUCGAAUCGCCGGACCUGCUGCUAUUCUCGACGAACGCACCUCGCAACCGCGAGGAUAUGCUGCGGCUGAUUCCCGAGCGGAGGAUUGCCGACCGCCUCGUCAUGCGAUACUUUUCCUCACAGAGUCCUUCGCAACACAUCAUCCACAGACCAACCUUUACUAAACAAUACGCCCGGUUCUGGGCCGACCCCCACGGCACCCCCAGCCACUGGCUCGCCCAGCUCUUCAUGAUGAUGUCGCUAGGCAUCUUCUACUCGACCUUUAUGGCGCCCCACGAGCUCCCCACCGAUUCCUCGCUGCCGCCCAUGGACCGCUUCAAGCUCUUCCGCUCCGCCGCCGCCUGGUGCCUCGUCUGGGGCCGCUACACGCAGCCGUCCAUGGCGACGAUCCCGCCUUUCAUGCUCUACGUCGAGGCCGAGUUCAUCGUCUCGCGCGCCGCCCAGACCAACGGCUACGUCCUGUCAUCCGUCUGCCUGCGGCUGCUCCUCAAGAUGGGCCUGCACCGCGACCCGGACCGGCUCGCCAACGUGUCAGCCUUCGAGGGCGAGAUGCGCCGCCGCAUAUGGAACAUGGCCGUCCAGCUCGACCUCCUCGUCUCGUUCCACAUGGGCCUGCCGAGCAUGCUUAGCGGCAUCGACAGCGACUGCGGGCUGCCGCGGAACCUCAUCGACGAGGACUUUGAGGAGGACACGGCCGCCCUACCGCCGCCGCGCCCGCCGACGGACUACACCGAGAUGACGUACCCGAUCCAGAAGACGGCCGUGAUGCUCGUCUUCGGCCAGGUCGCGCGGCAGGCGCACCUGCUCUCGCCGCCGCCGUACAGCGAGGUUAUGAGGCUCGACGGCCUACUCCACGAGACGUGGGCUGCUGUGCCGCGGUUCAUGAUGGUCCGGCCCCUCGAGGAGUGCAUAACGACGCCGCCGACGCUGGUCAUCCAGCGCUUUAGCCUCGCCGCGUUGUACAACAAGACGCGGUGCGUGCUGCACCGGCGCUUCCUCCUGGAGCCGCUGCCGCGGCGCGAGCACGACUACUCGCGGCGGCAGUGUCUCGAGGGCGCCGUUGCGCUGCUCGACUUCCAGAACAUUGUCUGGCACGCCUGCCAGCCGGGCGACAUACUCAGUCAGAACGGCUGGUUCGUCUCCUCGCUCGCCGUCCACGACUUCCUGCUGGCCGCCACCAUUGUUUACCUGGCCGCCGGCCACGGGCCAUUCUGGGACGGGGGCGUCGAGCAUGCGUGGAUGGCCGAGAUGAGCCCGCCGCCGACGAGGGCGCACCUACUGCACCUGCUGCAGCGGUCGCACUCCAUUUGGACCAACGUCGCGAGCGGCAUGCCCGAGCUGCAGAAGACGGCGGGCUUUCUACAGACGAUGCUGGGCAAGCUCGGGUCGCCGCCGAACUCACCACCGAAGGAGAAGGACAGUGGGAAGGCGGCGACGUCGGGGCCCAGCGAGGGCAGCAGCUCGCUUUCGGGCGGUCGGUGGUCUGCUGAUUCUCGGGAAACACAGCUUUUCAAUAGCCUCUCCAUCGGCGGAACAAGCCACCUGGACUCGACUGGCAGCCGUCGGCUCGUCGACGAUGUGGCCGGCCCGACUUUGAACCACUCGAGCACAGCAAACACCCUCCAGCCCUUCGAUUUCAUUACCUCGGAUCUAGGAUCAGGCGACACCGGUCUUGACCGUGGCUGGGUCGCGGUUGGCGACGAGAUGGACUGGCGGUACUUUGACAACAUCAUGGCCCAGCCCAACAACGACCCCAUCGGCCUCGAGUCCCUCGACCCGAACCCGUCGUGGUUUGGCCGAGCGUCGGCGCCAGACGACUUUGACUUCCCGGCGUCCGGGCCAUGGGAUUCGACCCUGGGACGGCAGGGUUGA